GUGUCAAGAUGGCGAAGAUGGAGAAACUUGGUGCUGUGGAUGUGAAACUAAAAACUGCGUAUUUAUUCGAUCAGUUUGUUAUUUUGAACCAAAAUGUGCUAAAUAAAGGUGCAAAUAUGAGUGAAUUGAAAUUUGUGUGUAAAAGUGCACGGACACAAGGAUCUUCCCAUCGCAGCCAUUUUAGACCCGCAAUGUUAAAGAAAGUUAGGUUAUGUAUCAACAGCUACUGUUGUUUUUACAUUGUUUUUAAGUAUAUUAUUAAGAUUACCAUUAUUGGAUGGUAUGAUGAAAAGUGCUCUCGGUAUUAGAUGUUUUUUACCGAACAAUUACUUUGUAUGGGAGGCUACUCGGCCCAUUGCGGAUUGUAAUAUUUGUAGAGGAGUGAAUGAAGUUUUAAUGCUUCCAAACAUCACAAGAGAAGAAUUUUUUACGUAUGCAUAUUCUUAUAAGCCUAUUUUAGUCAAAGGUGCUGCAAAACAUUGGCCGGCGGCAAAGUCGUUUUCGUUUAGUUUCUUUAAAUCUCUGUUUGAAAAUAUUGAUGGUGCGUAUGAAAGCACAGAAGAAGAUUGCCAGUUUCUGACAUUCAAGACGGACUUUCUCUCACUAAGAGAUGUGUUUGCGAUGCCACAGUCGAGAGUGACACUUCAAGAAGGAGAGUCAUCAUGGUAUAUUGGAUGGAGCAACUGCUAUCCGCCCGUGCUGGAAGUGAUGAGACAGCAUUACUCGAGGCCACACUUCCUGCCAGCAGACGCUGAACAUGCUCAUGUCGACUAUAUCUUCAUGGGUUACCAGCAGGGUGCCGUCAUGCACCUGGAUUACAUCAGUCGUCUGAUGUGGCAGGCCCAACUACAGGGACACAAGACUUGGAGACUGAACCCUCCUCCGGAGUGUGAGAACGUGUGUCAGGGCUUCCAGUUCAGAGUAGAGCCUGGAGACAUAUUUCUUUUGGAUACGAGACAGUGGUACCACGACACCUUCAUCGAAGAAGGGGAAUUCAGCCUCACCGUCAGCUCUGAGUAUGGAUAAGAUCUAUUCUCCACUUCCUUCCAUCUCCUCCCUCCCCGUCCCCCGUCACUGCUCCCCCUUCCUUUCGCCCUAGGUUGCACUUUCUACUUAGUGCCGCAGCUUUUUUGUUAUUGUUUUGUCUUUCAAUUGUAUUGCCUUUAGCUUAGUGUAAGACCCCCGCGUUUGUAUGUAUUUACAAACACAGUUUGUUGUGAGUUUGCUGGUCGGACUACAGUGUAACAACUGUAGAUGUUUGUAGUUAGUUGUAAGAGCUUUUUGAUAGCUGCUAUAUUUUUAGAAUUAAAUUUAUUUUUAUUGUAAUUUUCUUAAAAAAUAAUAUUAGUUUGAAGAAUCUUAAUUGAAUCUAAUAAUGUGUAUUGCAACUAUUAUCAAUUUAUUUAUAAGUAAUGUUAAUUGAUUCUAAAAGAAUUUAGUGCAGUUUUAGUUAAACUUUUAAUUGUUUUAAACAUUAAUUUACCUUGUUGGGAGUACACAAUGUUCUGUAUUAUAUCUACACUGCCGUGUUCUUCCACAAAAUUAUCACCACAAGUUUGUUCAAAACAAUCUUUCUUCUUAAAUUGUCUUCCUAGUUCUUAGUUUGUAGUGAAAAUAAACAUUCCCUCAAAACAUUAAAAUGUUUAAUCUUAGUUGAUUUUUCUAAAUUUACACUCAUGUUCAUAUCUUUGAGUGUAUAAUUAUCAAGUUUUAGUAGUAAUAUUUCAAACUUUAAAUUUUACAACUAUAGUUUUAGUUUUUACAAAUGUUUGUAAUUUUUAUUUUACAACAUUUUAAUAUAUUUUUUAAACAAAAUUUAUUGAAUUUUUUGAAGCAAAGCUUCAAUAAUAAUUUGUUUGCAUUUCACAUUUAGCUUCAGAUAGUUUUUAAGUGAAAAGCACUAAUUAUUCCUUUUUGAUUAAAAAUGUUUUGUAAUUGUAAAAUUAACAAUAUUCACUAUUUUAAAUUUACAUACAUGCUAAAAAUCAAAACAUAUUUACGUACCUUUGAAAGGAUAAGAAUAUUUUUUUAAAUAAAAAAUAUUACAGAGUACAUAGUUUUAUGUAUUAGUACAAAAUAAAAUAUUUGAGAUGUUGUUGAAAUGUUUGUGCCAUAUGUUUAGAAUUUAAGGUAAUUUGUAGUCGUAAUAUUAGAACUUUGUAGUUUCAUAGUGUUUUUGUUACCAUACUUGUUUAGGCUGCUGUAGCACCCAUUAUAGUCAUACAUACCAAAUCAUUGUAUGUAAUAUGUCUUGCCUUUUUUUGUAUUAUAUUUAAUUUAGAGUAUUUAUUUGUUUGAAGAUGUUGAUACAUUUUUCAUUGUUUGAAUUUUGUUUAUUUAUUAUCAGUGCUGCUAUUUACAAAAUAAACUUUAUUUGAGAAA